AUGCGUUACAACCAAGUCUUUCACGGCCCGCCGUCCCCUUCGGAUGCCGGGCUUCUCAAGCUCAAGUCCCCAGGACCCUUGAAGCUGCAAAAGGAGCGCCUCCCGACAUCACAGCGCCACCGAGUGCGCAAGGCGUCCAUGUCCACCGGCACAGGCACAGCAUCAGGGACUGCAUCAGGAGCUGCAUCGGGAACAGCAACAGGCACCAGCACGCCACCAUCGUCCGUCGACCAGCACACAGCGGCGGCACCGCCGGUGAAGAAGGUCAAGGGCCUCCGCGCACCCACCGAAGACGCCAUCAUCGAGGUCAAGUCCCCCGUCAGGGCGGCCCACCAGCACGACAGGAAGCCGCUCCUCCCAGAGCUCAAGCCGUGGGAGUCGUACCUGCACUGGCUGUGCCUGACCGAGGAGCCGGGGACGCUGUGGAGCUCGUCGCUGUGCGCCACCUUCCACGAGUGCCUCGUGACGAACCCGGGCGUGGGCGCCGUCAAGGCCUCCGAGUACGCCGCCCGCAUCGACGACAUCUACUGGAGCUUCUACCUGCCCCUCGACCCGCUCUUCCAGUUCAUGGAGGACCGCAUCCUGUCCGGGUACCUGCUGCACGUGUGGACCAUGUUCAUCGAGCUGGGCAAGAGGAUCCCCCACGACGACCCCGCGCAGGAGAAGCUGGUCGAGCUGCUCAAGGAGCUCGUGCACCUCCCGCCCAUGGAGGUGCGCACCUGGGAGGGAAACGACGCCCCGUGGACCGACCUGCCCACCCUCGACGACGCCCUGAUCGCAGCAUGGGACGAUCUUUACGACCCAGAAGUCCAGAUGUCCGACCCGGAGGGCCACUGGGUAAACUACUUCGCCUUCCUGGGCCGCCUGGUCUCCGCCGACGUCACGCCCGACUGGUGGGAGAUCCCGUCCAUCACGCUCAAGGAGGUGCUGGCCGAGGACGUCACGCCCAACUACCUGACCGUCUACAAGACCAUGGCCCUGGCCGAGUACAUGAACCACGCCGGCGACGCCUUCUUCGAGUGGUGCAUCGACUCGGGGAUGCUCGACACCAACGCCUCCAUGUCCAUCAUCUCCCCGCUGCUCGAGACUCCUGUCAGGCGGGACUGGUUCGAUAGGAGGCGGACGGUGGAUUACGAUGCGUCCUCGGUGGACUGA